AUGGUUACUUCAACUCCUUACUAUGCACAAGCUAAUGGGCAAGUAGAGGCAGCGAAUAAAAUCCUGAUAAGUCUGAUUAAAAAGCACAUCGGAAAUAAGCCUCGAACAUGGUAUGAAACUUUAAGCCAAGUGUUAUGGGCUUAUCGAAAUUCGCCAAGAGGAUCAACAGGAACUUCACCUUAUAAAUUGGUAUAUGGCCAUGAUGUAGUAUUACCAUUUGAAAUUAAUUUGAAUACUUUAAGAGUAUCAAGACAGAAUGAUUUGCCAGUUGAUGAUUAUUGGAAUGCAAUGUUCGAUGAAUUAAAUGAAUUAGAUUCAGAGCGAAUCCUUGCACUUGAUAAUAUGAUUCGACAAAAAGAGUGUUGCUCGAAGUUACAAUCGUCGAAUUAA